GGCCGGGCAGCGGGGGUUUGGCCGGUAGUCCAGGGGACUGAGCUGGGGUCGCCGUCCUCUGAGCUGUGCAGGGACCGGAGAGGAACCCAACCCCCAGUGAGAUGGGCCCUUCUCCCCCACCCGUGCUGGAGCCCCCGGAAGGUCACCGGCCCUCCCUGGGCCCCACACCCCAGAAGCUCCCAGGGUCCUGCUCCUGUGUGUGCUGUGCCUGGGGGUGGGAGAGGCCUGGGCCUCAGCUGGCUGAGGGCCCCCAGGACUGGGGUUGAGGUGCACAGGCCGGGUGUGGAGCUCAGCUGCAGCGGGUGGGGGGGGGGUCUGGGGGUCCUGGGCUGGAGGAUGCUGAGGCUGUUCCCCACCCCCUGCCCCGCUCGGGCCUGGGCGACUCAAUCGGGUCCACGGAGGAGCUGCCCCCACCCCAGGUGCUGGCGCCUGGCCCUUUAACACGGAGCCCGGCUCAGAGCACACGUGAGCAGGCGUGAGCCUCACCAGAGGGGUGGGCAGGGGCAGCACCCCGGGAAGAGGCGCGCAGCGGAGCCCUGAGGGGCACCCACACCCCUUCCUCGCCCUACCUGCCCCCGGAGACCUGGGAGGGGCCAGGGACGCGUCUUGAUCGGAGACCCUUGCCCUUGCUCCAGGCUCCACCCUCCCUGCCCAGGCUCACCUGGCUGGCGUGAUGGCUGAUAAGCAGAUCAGUCUGCCGGCCAAGCUCAUUAAUGGUGGCAUUGCGGGGCUGAUUGGGGUCACCUGUGUCUUCCCCAUCGACUUGGCUAAGACGAGGCUGCAGAACCAGCAGAAUGGACAGCGUCUGUACACCAGCAUGUCCGACUGCCUCAUCAAGACCAUCCGCUCCGAGGGCUACUUUGGCAUGUACCGGGGAGCCGCCGUGAACCUGACGCUCGUCACCCCCGAGAAGGCCAUCAAGCUGGCCGCCAACGACUUCUUCCGCCACCAGCUGUCCAAGGACGGGCAGAAGCUGACACUUGCCAGGGAGAUGCUUGCCGGCUGUGGGGCAGGGACCUGCCAGGUCAUCGUCACCACACCUAUGGAGAUGCUUAAGAUCCAGUUGCAGGACGCAGGGCGCCUGGAGGCCCAGAGGAAGCUCCUGGCCGCCCAGGCUCAGCUCUCUGCCCAGGGAGGCCCCCCGCACCCUACCGAGGCUCCGGCCGCCCCCCGGCCCACGGCCACCCAGCUGACCCGGGAUCUGCUGCGCACCCACGGCCUGGCUGGGCUCUACAAGGGGCUGGGCGCCACGCUGCUCAGGGAUGUGCCCUUCUCCAUCGUCUACUUUCCCCUGUUCGCCAACCUGAACCAGCUGGGCCAGCCGGCAUCGGGGGACAAGUCGCCCUUUUAUGUGUCCUUCCUGGCAGGCUGUGUGGCAGGGAGUGCGGCCGCUGUGGCUGUGAACCCCUGUGACGUGGUGAAAACCCGGUUGCAGUCCCUUCAGCGUGGCGUCAAUGAGGAUACCUACUCGGGCUUCCUGGACUGUGCCAGGAAGAUCCUGCGGCACGAGGGCCCCGCGGCCUUCCUCAAGGGCGCCUACUGCCGCGCCCUGGUCAUCGCCCCGCUCUUCGGCAUCGCGCAGGUGGUCUACUUCCUAGGCAUCGCCGAGACCCUGCUGGGGCUGCUGCCCGGCACCCGGCCCUGACCACUGCUGGCCGGCCGCGCCACCGGGAUCAACGAGUUAGUGGUCUCAGGGGCCCCCAUUCCUGGAGCGCCCCUACCCCCGGGCGGGCCCGGGACAGAGCGGGCCUCUGGCUGGGCCUCCCCCGCCCCGGCCCCCAGCCAGCGUGCUGACCCCACGCGGCUCCCAGCACCCCCAGUCCACACACCUAUUUAUUGCCCUGCCCGCCGGGGCUUCUGUCCGUCUCCAUCCGUCCGUCCGUCCGUCCGUCCGUCUGUCCGUGAGCUGCCCCCACCAACCCCUAGCUGGGCCCGCAUGGUUGGCAUCUGUGACUCUGGUGCCAGCCCCUCCCUGGGCUGUGGACCCCGGCGGCCUGGCCCUAGGGCUGGGGCGUCCAUCUGCGCAGGGGUGAGGGGUGAGCCCCUGCGUCAGCCCCCGGGCCGUCCAGGAGCCACCUCUGCAGCCCCGGCCACACUCCGAGCUCGCCCUGUCGGCCUCGCGGCCCGCGCUGGGUCAGUGGUCGGCAGUGCCCCCCACCCACCAGUGACACUACCUGGCCUGGGGCCGCCUGUCCCCAAAGCUGCUGCCACUGCUGCUUACAGACUCUGUUUCCUUUGUUUUGAAGAGUUUUAAGAACUGUCACUGUGUCGUGUAAGGAGAUGAAUAAAUAUUCUAAGUAGA